GUCUGUAUAAAACAGCAGAGUGAUGCUGCAUCUCCUCAGUGACUGCACCUCUGCCAAAAUGUUCUGCUUCAUCAUCGCACUCUGGCUGGCUGCCACAUGCCUGGACAUAGAGGCUUCCUCUAUUCUGUCCACCACUACAGUGACCACGUGUGACUCUCGGGGCAAUGUACAGCGCCUCAGCUGUGACCGUGGAGUGAUUGCUGUGCAGGCUGCACUGUACGGACGCCAGGACAGAGAAACCUGCAGUUAUGGAUGGAUCAUGGACCACCCGUCAGACACCAACUGCUUCCAGGAGGGCACCAAAGAAGUCCUCCAGAAAAGGUGUGAUGGGAGGAGUACCUGUGAGGUACCCUUAUAUGUUUUUCACUUGUCUGACCCGUGCUAUGGCACCUCCAAGUACUUGGAGAGCACCUAUGCCUGUGUGGGACACCCAGAAAUUAAGCCAGUGGACCGCAACAUUGUGGAGUGUGAAGACUCCACCGCCAACCUCUACUGUGGGCAGCAGAAGGUGAUCCAUGUGUUGUGGGCGCACUACGGCCGUACAAACCGCAACACCUGCUCUUAUAAUCGUCCUUGGUCUCAGCUCAGCAAUGUCCACUGCAAAAACUACGUCACACACAGUGUGGCUCAAAAGUGUAAUGGCCACUCCAGCUGUUCGGUCAGAGCCAGUAACUCUGUGUUCGGAGACCCGUGCAGGGGCACCUAUAAAUACCUGGAGGUCAAGUACUUCUGCCGCGAUGCAGUUUGCGAUGAAUACACCGGUCAUGGCUGCUUGUUUUCCCCUGCAGCUGCCGACAACACUACCACAGGUGUAUCUGACUAG